UACGGUCCUAUUGUCGAUAUCGAUCUGAAAAUUCCUCCAAGGCCUCCUGUUUAUGCUUUUGUCGAGUUUGAAGACCCACGUGAUGCUGAUGAUGCAAUUUAUGGCCGUGAUGGAUACGACUUUGAUGGCUACAAAUUGCGGGUGGAGUUAGCUCAUGGGGGAAAAGGCCCUUCUUUUGAUCGACCAAACAGCUAUACUAGUUCUGGACGUCGUGGUGCACUUAGGCGUUCUGAUUACCGCGUUAUUGUUACCGGAUUACCUUCUUCAGCAUCAUGGCAAGAUCUCAAGGAUCAUAUGCGGCGAGCUGGUGAUGUCUGUUUCUCUGAUGUUUACCCUGAGGCUGGAGCAAUUACUGGAAUAGUUGAGUAUACCAACUACGAAGACAUGAAACAUGCGAUAAGGAAGCUUGAUGAUUCAGAGUUCCGUAAUGCAUUUUCACGCGCAUAUAUCAGGGUGAGGGAGUGCAAUGCUAGGCGUAGCCGCUCUUACUCGAGAAGUAGAAGCCGAAGCUGCUCUUACUCGAGAAGCAGAAGUCACAGUUAUAGCAGGAGCAGGAGUCCAAGGUCAUCAUCAAGAUCCCUAUCACCUGCCGCUCCUGCGCGUGACAAGUCUGCGAGCAGGAGCCCCGUCAGGAGCAGAAGUUUACCCCGUUCUCAGUCUCCUGUGAAAUCUGAGUGAAGCCAGAUGCACUUGAAGUCAGAAAGAAAAACAUAUCAGGAUUAGUCGGAUUAGGACAAUAUAAUAUGGAUUGUGGGUGCUCUGUCCCAAGAAGUACCAUUGCUAUUCCUUGGAAGGAAAAACGUCAACUUUGUGGUUUGAGAUCAAUGUAGGAGUCUGGUGUUGUUUUACUUCUGCACUUCAGUUGCAAGAACGUAAAAUCGUGAACUCAUGGCUUUAACUUUAGUAUGCUAUAGUUUCGUGUCGAAUAACUUAAUGCUGCAGCAGAGUUUACAUA